GGUGUGGAGUCAUAAGUGUGUGUUACAGCAAAUACAGUGUAAAUACUUUCGUUUUCAAGCGCAUUUUCUGUGCAAGUGAAAUUGUGCGUGGCUCAGUCAGUGAAACAGUGCUCAUGAACAACAUCGCUGACAGGGACAAUGUAGACCUCAGCUCAAGGUCAAGUUGAAACUGGAGCUACACAUUUAGGUUUGUUUAGAAACACAUGGACCUAAUUAAAUUCGAACAGACUGAAUGAAAAGCACCGGGAUGACUUCUGUCCCUGGAAUGCGAUCUGUCCGUUUCAGAGUGUUUUCAGCUGUGUUCAUGUUGUUGUCGACAUGCUGCUGCAGUGGCCGCGCUGAUAUUAACGUUAAGGCCAUGGCUGGACAAGCAGCUUCUCUUCCCUGCAAGUGUCCUCCUGACUGGCCUCCGUAUCUGGUCUGGCAGAAGGUCACCAGUGAAAAGCCGCUCGUGGUUAAUUACUACAAAGAUGACAACCAAGAAGACGAGCAAACGGCACCGGAGUACAGGAACAGGACAGAGCUGAAUCUGACAGGAAACUGUUCUCUUGUGUUUCACAGAGUGCGUCUGUCAGACCGAGGACUGUACGAGUGUUACUAUAAGACAACGCCUUUAAGACAUGAAAAAAUCCAUCUGGACAUCACAGAACAACAACAGCAAAUGCCAAAACCGGAUCCGAACGUCCAGAGCCUCAUUGUGACGUCUUCAGUUUGCGGGCUUCUUUUCAUUGCGCUCACAAUCGCUGCAGUAUACGUGGGAAUUACAUGCAGGAAUAGACAUCAGGCGAAAAGAGCAUUCAUUGCAACACCAGUGAAGAGCAUUUAACAGCUGUCAAUUCAAAGCAAGAUCUUCGUAGCUGCCGUUGUGUCUUUUCAUGGAUGGUAGCAAAUACAACAAACAAAACUAUAAAAUGCACAGGCUCACACAUGCCGUGUUCUUAUGUGGGUGAUCCACUUCAAACCACCGCAAACAUUUCCUGACAUGUCUCCAUCUAUUAAUGGGGCAAAUCAUCACUGACAAGAUAAGCUUUUAUUAAAAUUUGGCUGUCUAUGCAGUAAAAAUAUAUUUUUUAAUCGGUGCUACACGACUAGAGAAUAUAAAAAUGCGCAAGUAAAUUCUGUAGUUUUGGGGGGAUUUCUUGUACAGGUCACACUGAAAAAGCAAACACCCACUGUGUUUACUUAUACUACUGAUACAGUAACAAUUCAGAGUUGGUUAAAAUUUGGCAAACUUAUCCUUCAAAGCUUAAAUAGUCUAAAAUUGUGCCAGUUUCUCUUAUGCUUUAACAUGAUUAUUAUUGCUUUGAAGGCGUCAUAUCAAGACCAACACCAAAGUGUUUUUGAAGUAAAAGGUAAACGUAAUUUUGUCCAAAACACUUAGAACAUAAAACAAACAUGAGUGAACCUCAAAUAAUAAUGUAUGAUAUGUUCUGUCCAAACACUUUACAUCCUUUCCUGCUUUAGCUUUGCACGUCAUGUUUGACAUUUUACACGCUGUAAAACAAACUCAUACAGCGGCCUAUGUGCAUAUGUAGUGUGUUAUAAAGAGUACAUAACCAAAGAAAAGAUGUACAUUAAACAUAUAGUGUGAAUUUGAGUUUAUUAUGAAUCUGAAUGAAGUGGUGGAUGUUGAAGAAGCAAACCUUCUUCCAAUAACGUUAACAGAACUUUUGAUCAACGUUAUCUGGUCUUUAAUAACAUUCUGAAAAGGUUAGUACAAAUAUCAUCAUUCAUGCAACCUAUUAUUUCUGAAAUAUUGGAGAACUAUUAUUAAACAUUAAUUAGUUACUAUCAGCUAACAGGGAAUAUUUUCACAACUUUUACUAAUGUUAUUAACUUUAUUAAUAUUUGAUAUAUGUUCUUCAUAACGAUGAGAGAAAAUAUUCACUUACAAUUUUUGUAACAUCUAAAUAACAUUCUAAUCAUGACAAAAAUGGCAUUUUAACAUUCUUAUUCAAUAUUAAAAAAAACUGUGCAAAUAAUGCUAUUUUUGGGUGAAAAGUUAUUGCAACAUUGUAAGAAACAGUUUGUAAGCUUUAAAUAGCAAUCAAACCAUGACAACAUUUUAACAUUUUAACAAUGUUCCAUCACUGUAAAAAACAAACAAACAAACAAAAAACAACUUAAAAAAGUAAGUGUUCAUGCUGCCUUAAAAGUUUAGUCAACAUGAAAUGUUAAGUUGUACAACAUGAAAACGUGGAUAUUUGAGUAAACUUAAAAUUUUAAAACAGCAUGAACACUUACUUUUUUAAGUUGAAACAACUUUUUUUUAAGUGUUUAGUAAGUUUUUUCAUUCUGACAAGGUUCUUUCAAAGUUAUAAACAAACCUUCCAAUAACUUUAAUAGAACGUCUGUUCAAUGUUAUCUGGUCUUUAAUAACACUCUGAAAAGGUUAGUACAAAUGUCAUCAUUCCUUGAACCUAUUAUUUCUGAAAUGUUUUAGUUGGAUGGUCGUCUAACUAUUAAUAAACAUUAAUUAGGUAUUACCCAGCUAACAGUGCAACAUUGUAAGAAACAGUUUGUAAACGUUAAAUAGCAAUCAAACCACGACAACAUUUUAACAUUUUACAACUUAGAAAAAAAGUUUUGACUUAAAAAAGUGUUUGUGCUGCCUUAAAAUUUUAAGUUUAGUCAACAUGAAAUGUUAAGUUGUGCUACAUAAAAACGUGGGUAUUUGAGUUGAGUACACUUAAAAUUUUAAGGCAGCACAAACACUAACUUUUUUAAGUUGAAAUUAAGUUUUACGUUUUAUUACCUUUUAUUACCUACAUUUGUUACCUGUGUAGUUUUAGAGAACAUUCAUGUUUCCCAAAUGAUAGAAUGAAAUGUUCCCUUCGCAACUUACGUAACGUUCAGAUAACAAUAAACAACAGGUGUAAACAUUUAAACAAAUAAUGUUUUCAUUACUUAAGGCGAGACACUGCAGGUGAAUAGGGUAAAAAAUGUUUUUACUAAUAGUUAUCACCUUCCUUACCUUGUUGAUUGAUUACAUUAAUAAUUGCAUUUUUUUUGUAUUACAAGUUUUCUAAAAUGUUAGGUUUAAGUAUGCAAAUGUAGCAUUAUUUAAUGAAAUAUGCACUAAUUUGCAUACAUUUCUAGUAAACACUGGAUGAAAGAUUCAAAAUUCUUAUUUAAUUUUUUUUUGACAUUAGAGUCAAGUUUUUCCAGAGGGAAUUUUUGUCACUCCGUAAUUCAGAAAAUACUUAGAAAAUACAAAUUUGCAUUUUUAUGAGGCUGUGAUGUAUAGGUUUCUAUAUAAGCACCGGUACUUCUGAUUGGGCUGAGGCUGGGAUUUUAGCGAGUUUGAAGUAAAAGUAUUUGAUGGACGUAUAAUAUGUCGAGAACAUUCACUCAGUAUCAUUAUCUCAUUUUUGACCGAGAUGGCUUUUAGGGGGUUUCGCAUCGGAACUCUUCUCUGAAAAAACACUUUCUGUGAAAAAACAAAAAGCCCAAAAUCUCAAACUUACCAGGUGCCU